AUGACGUGUCCGUGUCACGUGACCGACAGCAGCCAGCCUCGCGCCUCUGCCUUGUCUGCAUCUUCUUCUCCAGCUCCUCUCCAGCUCCUCUCCAGCUCUCCUUCUUCAGCUCCUCUCCAGCUCUCCUUCUUCAGUUCCUCUCCAGCUCUCCUUCUUCAGCUCCUCUCCAGCUCCUCUCCAGCUCUCCUUCUUCAGCUCCUCUCCAGCUCUCCUUCUCCAGUUCCUCUCCAGCUCUCCUUCUUCAGCUCCUCUCCAGCUCUCCUUCUCCAGCUCCUCUCCAGCUCUCCUUCUUCAGCUCCUCUCCAGCUCUCCUUCUUCAGCUCCUCUCCAGCUCUCCUUCUUCAGUUCCUCUCCAGCUCUCCUUCUUCAGCUCCUCUCCAGCUCCUCUCCAGCUCUCCUUCUUCAGCUCCUCUCCAGCUCUCCUUCUCCAGCUCCUCUCCAGCUCUCCUUCUUCAGCUCCUCUCUAGCUCUCCUUCUUCAGCUCCUCUCCAGCUCUCCUUCUCCAGCUCCUCUCCAGCUCUCCUUCUUCAGCUCCUCUCCAGCUCUCCUUCUUCAGUUCCUCUCCAGCUCUCCUUCUUCAGCUCUCCUUCUUCAGCUCCUCUCCAGCUCUCCUUCUCCAGUUCCUCUCCAGCUCUCCUUCUUCAGCUCCUCUCCAGCUCUCCUUCUCCAGUUCCUCUCCAGCUCUCCUUCUUCAGCUCCUCUCCAGCUCUCCUUCUCCAGCUCCUCUCCAGCUCUCCUUCUUCAGCUCCUUCUCCAGUUCUAAUCUCCAGAAGCAUCUGCAUUGUUUGA